UAUAAAUAGCUCAUAUGGGCUUUCUAGCUCACGCCAUCACCAUCUCUCUCUCUCUCUCUCUCUCUCUCUCUCUCUAGAUCUUGUAAGCCUCUGCCAAAAGCUUUUGCAACCCAUAUCUCACGGCAACCCAAAACCAGACAUGGGGAAGCAAAAGGUGGUUAUUAAAGUACCCAUGAACGAACAGAAGUCUCGGUCCAAAGCCAUGAAGAUUGCAGUUGGUGUUCCAGGGGUGGAAUCGGCAGCUCUGGGAGGACAGGCCAAGGACCAACUAGAGUUGGUCGGAGACGGGAUCGACGCGGUCUGUCUAACAACGUUGCUGAGGAAGAGCUUGGGUUUUUCCGAGCUGGUGAGCGUGGGCCCGGUCCCGGAGAAGAAAGACGGCGGCGGUGACGAUAAGAAGAAAAACGAGGCCACGCCGUCGGUUCCAGGAGUGGGGUAUUACCCUUACCCGUAUCCUUAUGGAGCGGGUCAUGUGUAUGAGAUUAGGGACCAAAACCCUGAUAAUUGUUCCAUCAUGUGAGUUCAACGAUUUUAUAUAUGGAAAAGAAAAAAUAUGGGCUGUAGGGUUGGGAUUCAAGGUUGAUUGACCUCUCUCUCUCUCUCUCUCUCUCUCUCUGGAAAAAACAUGGGGUAAGAAAUUCUGACUAUGUAUGAGGAGGAAAGGGGUACCAGAGUUUCAACAAAAUCUGGGUCUCCAAAAUAGUUUUGUAUUGAGCUAGUAUGCCAGAAGUUGUUCUAAUGUAUCUUUAUUUGUAAUGUUUGAAA